AUGGCGAAGGAGCUUAACCAAUCAUGCAAAACAUCCGGACUUGUGCGUAUGAAAACCGCACCAACCCUUUCACCUGACACUGAAAUUCGACAAAGUUAUGAGGUGCAUAGAAAUAUGCCGGCUGCAUUGCAAGUGGUAUCCGUCUCUUUUUUAAAGUGUGAGUUACAAAUCGACACAUCUUCCGUGUUCAGCCCAAGUGUAGUUGGGAUGUAUUUUUUCACACUGCAAUAUGAAAGUGGAUACGCUGUCAUCCAAAAGAGGUAUUCCCAAUUCUACUUUUUGGAUAACUACCUCCAGUCUAAACUCCCAAAGAAAACACUUCCAUCCCUCCCUCCAAAAGAACUGUUACACAGCGGAUCACACCCCGACGUGAUUCAUAGAAGAUCUAAGGAUUUAUCUACUUACAUUGAAAAGGUUAUAAAGAUCCCACAUGUCAUGGAAGAUACCGUUGUAGUGGAAUGGUUCCAACAACCCGCAGACAGACAUUUAGUAUCCUUUUCGAAGCAACGAAAGGCUGGGUAUGUGAUGAAAGAAGGUUCAUUUCUGGUGAAAUGGAAGAGGAGGUAUUGUGUAUUGGCACCGAAUGUUAUCGCACUAUUUAAUUGUGCAAAAGACCUUUUGGUGUACCAAGACCCUCUUGAUGUGUACUGUUUGAAAGGAUGUACAGUCAAACCAGUGUUGGACAAGGGGCCAAAUGUGAUGACAAUUUCAAGAAACAAUUUAACCCUGUGCACCCUUCUUGUCGAAAAUGAUAACGACUUUCUCAUCUGGCUUGGAGCUAUCCAAGAAAUGACAACACAACGACAACUCGUUGAUUCCCCGAAGAGAACACAACUCUUUCCCAUCAAAACGUCUCAUGGAAGAACAAAAACGUCAGCAACACCAACACUGCAGUUUACACUGACGCUGUCCCCCUCAUCAGUUAAAGAGUCUUCGCUCAAAAAAACACAAAUGAAAAAUUCGUAUGAAAGAGAAAUGAAAGAAACAAAGUUUUGCGAAAUAGAAAACACAAACACCGCAAUGGUUUUUGAAAAAAUAGUAAAAACGAUAUUUAGAAGGUACAAGAGUGAAAUGAAUGCAGUCUUCACACACUACCAAUUUGAGCCUGGAACUAUCACCGAGGAACAUUUGAAGUUCUUCGAAGAAAUCAAAAGUUUACAACUCAUCGACUUCAUGGAAGGGAAGAGAGUUGAAGAGGUGUUUCAAAAAUUGUUGUCUGUGAGUAAGGAGUAUUCCAACAAUGUGACUGUUCAAAAGAUAUUAUGGGUCUUCAUUAACGUCCACAUGCUUCUUAAAAGAUCAUCGAAUGAAGGGAGAAGCGAAAUGGAACAACUCCAAACACUCAAGACUAUGUCAAAUUUGAUACACACGUCUGUGGAUUCUACAAAAAUGUUGGUGUGUCGGCUGUGUGAACAUCAAUACAAAAUGUCACAAUUUUGUGACCAUACAAAGUUAUGUGAGAUCAUCAUGCGGCGAUGCAUGAAUGAGACGACAUGUGUGAUUAGAUUGGAAAAGGUGUUGUGCUUCUUAAGAGAUUCAUUUCGAUGCCAAAUUGUGAAGGAUACAUUUAAGUAUACACAACUUGUCGAGUUGGUUCCAAAUCUCCGGCAACAAACAACACCGGAAAAACUCGACAAGAUCAAUGAGGCCAUCAGAACGUUAUGUGUUGAUUUGACUGACACUUCACUGUUAACAUUUGCUCGAGCCAUCUCCGAUAUGAUAACGUCAUACAAGAAGUUAUUAAGGGAAUACGUUGAAGGGAAUGCAAAGAAUAUGUGGAGUUUCAUUUCUGUCAUUCCAAACAAGAGUGCGAAAGAGGUUCAACAGAAAAUUGGGUAUAACACUGCAACGGUUGAGGACUUUGAUGUGGUGAAAAAGUUUAGUGCUGGCGCGUACAGUCGGAUUUACUUAGUGAAGAAAAAGAGCACUGGUGACUAUUAUGCUAUGAAGGUGAUGAAAAAAGACGACAUGGUGAGGAAGAAUGUUGUUGAUUCUGUGUUGGUAGAAAAGGACUUUUUGUCAAAGGCUCAUAAUAAUAGCGUGGUAAAGCUGUACUGGGCGUUUCAAGACGACACGAAUUUAUAUUUAAUACUUGAGUACUGCCCCGGAGGAGAUUUGGCGACGCUACUGGAACACAUCGGUACACUUGACGAACACGUAGCUAAAGUAUACUC